CAAGCACAAGAGAUUUCUAAAGAGAACUUCAGAGGGGCAAACCUGAGUUCAGGCCUGGGCUCUCUAGGUCUUCACUCUGUGCCAAAUCUCCUACCUCACUCUGUCAGGGCAAUGGCUGAAGGGGCUGAUUUCAUGAGUGCAGAUCCCAGAAAGAAGAUGAAGAUCAGAGAAUCGAUAAAGACAUCCAGAGGGGUCGAGCGUCGUCUUGCUCAUUACUUAAAGCAACUGAAGAAGGAACAGCUGGAGGAGUUCAAGCUUUGGUUGGCCAAAAAUGUACUCACUGAUAUAUCAGCUCAGCCAGAGAAGGCCAGUGCCAUGGAGGUGGCCUCAUACAUGGUGGCUAAGAAUAAGGAUCAACAGGCCUGGAAACUUGCCUUUCACAUCUGGAAGCAGAUGGACCUGCAGCUACUGUGCACCCAGGCACAAGCAGAGAAGUACUUGAGGUUGA